ACUGAUUGGCUGACCGUCACGUGACCUCACAGCUGAUUCGGUUGGAUGAAAUGUUUUGCUCUUCACCAUCCUCAUCUCUCAUGUAGCCAUUUCUGGUUAGCAGCGUCUAACCAACACCGACACCUCUGCAAUGGCACAAGCCAAUGCCUUUGAUGCGAGCAGCCCUCAGAUCCAGGUGGAACACGACAAAAAGCGUCGGCAGUUCGUUAUUCGGCUCAACGGAUCACAUGAUCGGGCUGUUCUUCUGUAUGAAUAUGUUGGGAAGAAGAUGGUGGACCUGCAACACACAGAAGUUCCUGAUGCUUAUAGAGGCAGGGGAAUUGCAAAACACCUGGCCAAGGCAGCCAUGGAUUUCGUGGUGGAGGAGGACCUGAAGGCACACUUGACCUGCUGGUACAUUCAGAAAUACGUCAAAGAGAAUCCUCAGCCUCAGUACUUUGAACACAUCUAUCAAUGACCCCCACACAGUGCUUACAACAGACUCUCAAGGGUGAAAAAUCCACGUGGCAGCAAGCUUCGGAGUUGCGGAAUGAAACACAACAUGAACCUCCUAAGCACUGUUAAACUCAACAAAGAGAAUCCAGGUGACUGGACUCCAGAGCAGGAGCUGAUCAUUAUUUAUAAACAAGGGCAAGACCGCGUACAGGAAGUGGGUCAACCGGUGUCCAAGCAGCCAAAAUGUGAUGCCUGAAAGCUUCGAGGUGGAUUUUCAUCACUGGCAUGAAGCAAACAUGUAAACAAGAGCAGGUCUUACGGUGUGUUGAUCUGUUUUAUCUGGUGGUUCCACUUAACUCUCAGAUGAUCCUAACUUUUAUAUUUCAUGUCCUUUUUGGAUUUUUUUUUUAUUAGAAAAUAUUCUCUUUUGGUUGAGCUAAAAUCUAGUGACAUAGAAGAAAUACAUCAUGAAAUCCCUUUAUACUUACCAACAUUUAAUGAUUUUUCUUAACUUUAAAACAUUUACUAUCCCAAAGUCUCAGCUGGUUAUAUUAGCAGUUCAUUUUUAAGGUCCUGAAUUAAUUCAUUGGUUAAUUAAAGAUGCUUGAUUUGUAAAAACCAGGUGUGACUGACAGACCUGAGGAUGUCCGUUUCUUUAGUGUUGAUGUUGGAGACAGGCAUCUGUGCAGCUCAUUACAGCAGUGUGGUUUUAAAUCAGCAUUCAAAUCCAGGGCAGGGAAGGGGGUUUUAGUCUUUAUUUCAGAAAAAUACUUUUCUUUUUUCAUUGAAACCAUUUCUGCUCUAACAGGGAUUUAAAAGGAUUAAAAAAACUGAUGUCAAAGGAAUACUUGACAAACAUGGAAAAAUGGCUGCAGACAAUCUUAAGUGUUGGGCAGAAAAAAUACCUCAGGCUGCUCAACACACUCGUACUGAGAAUUGCAAUAAGUCCUCUUGGAAAAACUUCUUUGGGUGGUAAAUGCCUUGAAAUGGGCUAAGGCAUUAUGUCUUUAGGAUGUGGGGUUCUUUUUGUUGUUUGUUUUUUAGAUGUUUUUCUUCUAUUUGUUUUGUUAAAAAGUAAAAUGCCUGAUUUAUGUUUAGAGCAAGUGGCUCUGUCUAUAAAUGUGUCAAAAUAUUCUCGUUACUGUUUUAUACUUGAUAUUGUUUCGUUUCUGUCUACUUGUUCUUAAUAAAUAAAGCUUGUCAUUCAGUUAUUUAUGCUA